CAAUAUAUUAUAAAUUCGUUAUAUUUAUUAGAAAUUUAGCAUAAAGUUUAGUAAUUAUAUCAAUACUAUAACUGUCAUUGUUUAACAUUGGGAUCAACUGAUAAAACAAUGGGCUAUAAAUUGGUGAUAGCGUUGGCGGCGGUGAUGAUGGCUGUGGUGUCGGCCGAUAUGAUGCGGAAGUCCAUUGUGUUCGACCCGAAGACACCCAAAGUGUUUUACUGUCCGCAGGAGAAGCCCAUCGAUAUGUCCAAAAUGAUCGUCAAAGCCAUACCACUGGACAAGUUGUGCGAAUACGGGCCCAACGAUCUGCCGAAGAAGGCUAAGUCCGACUGUUAUAACGAUAUCGACGAAAGUGAAUACGCUUGCGCUGAGAAGCAACGCAUCGAG